CACUGCGCAUGCGCGACUGAAAUCGGAUAUCCAGCAAACGAUCACCCAGAUUUCCCCUCAAAAACCGAAUUAUUAAAGCACAAAAAAAAUUUAUAAAUAGUCGGGAAAAAUUGGGGUUUAUCCCCCGCCAGCGACGAAAGUAUCAUUUUUUUGUUUGGUACCUGAAAAAAGUCGAAUAUAUUCCCAGCUCGGCUCCCCUUCCCCUCCCCUCGCCCCUCGCAGUCGCAACGCAGGAGGGAAACGUGGCAACAUCGCUGGAGUGCUUUGUUCAGCUGUGCGGUGUUGUCGACGCUAGGCGUACAACAGUGCUGGCGUUCGUCCUGAACAUUUCGUAUCAAAUUCCCAUAAUUUGUUCAGUACUCAGUAAAGUAUUUCAUCGACAACAAUAACGAAAGGUCAACGUCCUGGUGAUAACUGACUUCUUCCAACGAUACGUCGGCCAUUAUCUAAAAAUUGUAUGUAUUGAGCCGAUGAUGGAAUCAGUGCAGGCACAAUCAAUACACAUUACUGAAACAAAGCCUCUGUGUUCGGCAUCGCACGCCGAAAAUGGACUCGAUGAUAUAUCAAAACAACUGGAGAAUGAACUUUUGUACGGUGGAGGGGAUGAUGGAGAAGCACUCUCCGACGAUGCACUGUCCGAGGACAGCUAUCGUUUGAGGGUUUCGGAUGAUGAGAAUGGAGAUGAGAAAGUUGAUGCUUCCAAGCGUGUAGAGAAUCAUGAUAACAAUAUAGACAAGACUGAACUGACGGAAUCAAACCCCGAGGUUCUUGGAACUAACAGUAAAUCAUUGCAACUAGAUAAAAUAACGAAUGGCGAAAAAGAUUCUGAUAAGCGCGGAAAUAAUACUGAGGAUUUUGCUGAAAAUUUUCAAGUAGAGCAGGAUAAUUAUCGUGAAGAUCAGGCCAAUUUUAGUCCCGAAAGAUGUUCGGAAUUGAAUAAUCCGGAGGUGCCGGAAUCGUCCACCAGUCAGGCGAAAAAAAUUAUAUUCGUGAAACCACACGCAGACCUGAGCGACAUCAGUUCCGAUAGUAAUGAUCAUCACGAUGAUGAUGAAACCAGGCAGAAUGAUGUGGAAGACGUAGGAGAUAGUCCGAAAGUCGUGCCAACAUCGCGAGCCUCAUCUCCAAGUGAGGAGAGGCCAGAGUCUGAAUCUGUGGAAGAUCCUUCUAAAGGCGAAAGCUCCGAUGCGAGCCUACAUGACAACGAAAAGAUUGACUCUGAGGCCGUUCCUACACCUCCAAAUACCGAAAGCAAUCACGCAAUCUUAGAAAAUGGCCUGGAAAAUGAUGAAGAACCAGAAAAGGAAAGCGAUGAGCAACCGAAAGACGUCUCGAAAUCAGGAACCGAUGAGAAAGAUUGUCCUUCACUGAGUACUGACGAAGAACCCUUGAUGGAGAAGUCGGAAGACCUAGUAGAGACUUCUACUGAUCCGGUAGUAGUUGUCGAUGAAAAUUCCAAAGACGAAUCCAUCAAAAGCGAUCAUUCUGCAUCGGCAACGGACAAAGCCAUUGAGGGGGCAAAUCCCUCUCCGUCUUUAGAGUGUGGAGAGACAAUAUCAGAUGCAGAAAGCGAAGCAAUUGCUGACCAGAAUGAUUUUUCUGACACGAAAGACAAUGAUCAGGCAAGCGCCAGCAAACGUAGGUUGAGUUCAUCAGAGAAUGACACGACUGCUCCCAGCAAGAUCGCGUGUGUUGAGCCUCAGGAGAAGCCUGAGGUCACUGAUGAUGCUAUAGAAAUCCUAGACGAGGCAGACGAACCAGCCGAGAAAUCUGACGCGGCGAACACAAUCCUGAAGUCUCUGUUGGCGGAACCCAAGAGAUCUAAGAGCAAUGACGAGAUCAUCGAUCUUGAUGAUGACAAUACCGCUGACUCAAUGAGCAGCGGAGUCUCCCACAGUGCGAACGACAGUCUGCCAACAUCAGACAUCACGACUGACCGUCCAAAGCAGGUCAGUGCUGUCAAAGAGACAAACAGUGAAAUUUUGGAUGAUUCGAGAACGCGUAGAACUCGAAGAUCGCGUGGUGAUGCCCAGCUUGCAACAGGAAAAGAGAUUGUGACGAGAGCAAAGCGUGAGGCCGCCCAGAAAGCCGAAGUCACAGUGAGAAAGAAUAUUGUGACAUUGAACAAUGACACUGAUUCAGACUCACAAGACUCUAUGGUACCUUACACUCCAAAGCAAAAAGUCCAAUCGCCAUCCUCCCUGAAACGCAAUAUGGAGAGUGACGAGCGAUUGGACCUUGCGACUGCCAAGAAACUAAAGACUGAUAUCGAAAAGGAAAAUGCUCAAACCAAGCCAGAACCCAUUAAAACCGAGUCAAAGAAGACCUUCGACAGUGUUCGUAGAUUCUUCCUACGAGACAACAAAGAGAAGUUGAAGAAGCUGACACAAGAGCAACUCGAGGAGCUGUUCAUCCAGAAAAUUGUCGAGACGAUAACAAUGCGCGAGGAGAUCGGCAAGCUUCGCGAGAAGGCCAAGAUAUCUGAGCGCAAUCAGGAAGCAAUACGAGUGAAGUGUCAGCAGUUGUCCAAGCAGAUCAACGAUUUUGAGAUGGUGUUGAAUCGUUUCAGUGCAGAUCGUCGUAACAGUGCGACUGGCAAUGCAACACCCAUCAAGAUAAAUCGAUCUGUGGGGCUUCAAGUUAACUUCUUGACAGACCAUGGAGUUCAGAAUUUGAGACAGCUGCAAGCAGCUGGGAAAGGAGUGCAAACCAAGAUACUGCCCAAGCCACCAGUGAACGGCUCGAUCCCACCCCAGGUGGAGGAUCCCAACGCUCGAAGGGGCAUCAAAGUUCGAUCCCCAAGAAGAACAGACGUCCCUGGAGUGGCUCCUGUGAGCGCAGCUGUCCAGAACACCCUCCAAACGCAACCUCUCGUCUCCACAGUCACACCAUCCUCUCUGUCCUUGACAAAACCCGUGGAAACACGCACCACAACAGCCAGCACUGGUCAGCCAAUCCACCACGUUGUCAUCAAUGGUGUCACCAAUUCAAUUACCAGAACUAAAGUCCUCACUCCCAACAACAAGGGCAAUGCCAAUCUCAUUGAUCUGACUGACGAGCCCGAGAAAAAGCAGUCAGCACCGCCACCUCUGACAGCCAUCAUCACGACAACAGCUGGUCCCACUCAUGUGCCCAAGGCCCCAGGGCGGUACCAGAGGGUGAUUCCAGCUACAACUGCUGUCACUAUACCUCAGUCGGCUCUCAGGGUUGUGCAACCUGCUGGACAGCCAACUCCCACUGCUUUAGUUAAUAACAUGAGCACUAUUGGAGGCAUUCCCAGGUUCGUCGUCAUGCAGCCUGGGCGUCAGCUCGUUGUUGCCAACAAUAACAAUCCGGUCAGGGCGACCACCACCACCAGACCUGCACUGACGAACAUCGCUUAUGCUUCUGUUCCAACCAUGGCCAAUGGCACAGUGAGGGUCGUGCCAACAUCAGGCACAACCGUGCAACUUUAUAAGGUAUCUCAUCCUGCACCUCUUCCAGACUGCAUAACUUACAAGCAUGAUCCUUCGAUGAAACUACCACCGCCAGCUCCAUCCCUGAAGAUAUCCAAAGUCCAACAUGGAAUUGUGCUGUCCUGGAACAUGGCACUGAACGAAAAAUACGCGGAGAUAGCCAGCUACCAGCUUUACGCAUACCAGGAGAUAACAGGAAUGGCACCAAACACAUCAAACUGGAAAAAAGUUGGCGAUGUCAGGGCUCUACCCCUUCCCAUGGCCUGUACUCUAACCCAGUUCUCGGAAGGCAACAACUACUACUUUGCUGUGAGAGCUGUGGACACACAUUCCAGAUAUGGACAGUACAGUCAACCAGGCAACAUUUCCCUGUAAUUAAAUAACAGAUUGUUUGAGAUAAAAUAUUCUUGUUUUUAUAUUUAAAUGAAUUUGUUAUAUUUUUUUUUUUUGAACAAUAUGAGUGAUCAUGCGGCCUGCAAGAGUUAUGGCCUUGAGCAAAUGGCUUUUUGGAUUUUAAAUUGGAUUAACUGUCGAAGAAAAAUUUAAGCACCUCAUUUUAAGAACUUGCCUGUUCGGAUGAAGGGAAUAUAUUUGAGAUUAUCCUGUGUUCAAAUGUGUAAUAUCUUUAAAUGUUUCUCUUGUACUCAAUAUCGAGCUUUCAAUUUUUUUUCAAAACCUAUGUGAUAAAAAUAUUUUUUUCAUUCUUAUACUUAAUUCUUGCUAAGUCGUAAUUUAUUUGUCGGUAUAUUUUUUUAAGGUACGGCCUCUCGAGGGAACGGGAUGGAUAAGCUGAAAAAAUAAUUUAUAAUUUUUAGUGAUUAUUAAAUAUAAGAUGUUUG